GCGGCUCCGCUCCUUCUUCCCAUCGGCCUCGGCUUGCGGGCCUUUCAAACAUGGAGGAGCGGGAGCGGGGGGCGAGGUCGGCUCGCGCCGCGAGUCCCGCGCGCCCGCCCAGCCCGCGGCUGGAUGUCAGCUCUGACAGCUUCGAUCCGCUGCUGGCGCUGUACGCGCCCCGCCUGCCUCCCAUCCCCUACCCCAAUGCCCCCUGCUUCAACAACGUGGCGGAGUACGAGAGCUUCCUCAGGACCGGGGUCCGGGGCGGCGGGCGCGGGCGGGCUCGGGGCGCGGCCGCGGGCUCGGGGGUUCCUUCCGCGCCCGGGCCCUCAGGCAGGACUCGCCGCCGCCCGGACGCGCCCGCCCCGGACCCCGAGCGCAUCCAGCGUCUCCGCCGUCUCAUGGUGGCCAAAGAGGAAGGGGACGGAGCCGCAGGAGCGGGCCGGAGGGGUCCCGGUCGAAGCAGGAAGGCGCCACGCAACGUGCUCACGCGAAUGCCCUUGCACGAAGGCAGCCCUCUGGGUGAACUCCAUCGCUGUAUCCGCGAGGGGGUGAAGGUGAAUGUUCACAUCCGCACUUUCAAGGGACUUCGGGGCGUCUGUACAGGCUUCCUUGUUGCAUUUGACAAGUUCUGGAAUAUGGCACUUACUGAUGUGGACGAGACCUACCGAAAACCUGUCCUAGGCAAAGCAUAUGAACGGGAUUCUUCACUGACUCUCACUAGGCUAUUUGAUCGACUGAAACUUCAAGAUUCCUCCAAGAAGGAAGCAGAUUCUAAGUCUGCAGUUGAAGAUUCCACUCUGUCUAGAUACUCACAGACAUCCACUUGGAAGUUGGCUUCAGUGUGGGGAAGAGGAGACACUGACCGGGGCUCACACAAGCGUUCCCGCUCUGUCCCUUCUUCCCUGCAGGCCUCUGCAAGGGAGGAGUCCAGGUCAGAGCUGUCAGGGAGGACUACACGGACCGAAGGCUCCAGUGUGGGAGGUACCUUUUCCAGGGCUACCACCCUUUCCAGAGGCCAGUCCCGUAAGAAAAAGCGAAAGCCCAAAGUGGAUUACCAGCAGGUAUUCACUCGACACAUAAAUCAGAUUUUCAUUCGAGGCGAGAAUGUCCUGCUGGUUCAUCUUGCACAGUGACCAGCUCAGCCUGGGCUUUGGUUUUUAGAAAUAAAAUGCAUGAAUUGCUGCUAUGCUGUAUCCUAGUAUCCCAGUGAAACUCUGAGUUGGAAUGAUUCCCUCUGGUCCUGCAUAAGCAGAGGACAGAGCAGGCUCAGCCACCUGGAAGAUGAGCUCAAGGGGAGGACAGGCCUUGGGAGGGCGGGCAUUUGCAUUAAUAUCAAGGCAAAAAGCAUACAUAGAUACAUGCAUCUGAUUUGGUAUCGUGAUUUACUUCAGACCCUGAAACCAAAUAUCUGAUCUUCCAUUAGACUUAGGGGUCACAAUAUGAGUGGAACUUACUUUUUAGAGACUAUAGGGGAAAGAAAUCUCGAAAAGAAGUAUUGCAUGUCUGAAAGCUAGUGCCCUGAGUACUCAUGAAUUCGAUUCCAAGAGUAGCAGUGUAAGUUGCCUUGGAGCCCUGCAUUCACAUCUUGUAACUAACUUUUGAAUUUUGCCUGACAUGAUUCUCUCUUGAUGAAGAAAUGAAAUGUAUUGUCUUUGAAUAUCUACAAGAUCUAGGAAAGUUACCAGCUUAUGUAGGGUGGAAUUUGGAUAGGUGGUGGUGCUCACAGCAGCCAGCAACGAGUGUUCUGUUUCGAUCCUUCUUCUUCUUAUGGAAAGGAAUACAGGACCUCUUCAGUCUUCCCCUUACCAGAGGUAGCCUCUGCAAAUGGCAUACCAGAUGGGACUCUAAGAUGCUUGUGUGGUGGCUUCUUGUCCUUCUCUUUGACUUCUGUGGCAUGGUGCUAGUGCAUGUACCCUGUGGUAUUGCCCCUCUGUCCGUAGUGUGAACUGUCCUGUGAACUUUAUGUCAGGAGACUGUGACCUUCAUGUCCAGCUUCAAAGAGUUCUUCAUGAACUCAGUAAUACACAUCACAUGGCUGAGAGUCCGCUUUCCAGGCAGGGCCAGCAUGUGUAGAAUAUCUUUCAGAAUGUUCACCAUGAAACAGGGGUGGUAGAUGUAUUCCCUUGUGUCGGGCCAAAGAAGUUCUUACAAAGUACAGUGGGUGGUGUCUAAAGGGACACUUUACUCACAGCCUGGCUUGAGUAACAGGAACACCAUAGCACCCGCAAAUACUUCUACUUGAAUCAUAUUCUGUGCUUUUUCAAUCACUAGUGCAGAAUAGGCUGCAUCUUGACACAGACUGUUAGGCAAUAUUGAUUUUUUUGUUUUGUUUUUAUUUGGUUUUAUCUGAGAUAACUCAUGUUCAAGGUGGGAAUAAGAAAUAGCCAACUAAUUAAAAUGUAUGAAAAGAAAA